GUCAGUUGCGCGCGGGAGCGAGCGGGCUGCAGCAGGAGCAGGAGUAGCAGUAGCGCUAAGCGGGAGGCGGCGGCGGCGGCGGCGGGGCGAGAGCGAGCGAGCCCGAAGGGAGGGGGAGAGAGGAAGGGAGAAGCGGCCGCCGUCAGGGGAGGAAGCGGCCUGGCAGGCGAAGAAGCAGCAGGAGGAGGAGCGGCGGGGGAAAGGAGCGAGGCAGAGGGGGAAGGAGGCGGGUGGGCGUCCGCCUGAGGGGCUACGUGAGGGCAGCCGGCGAGUGGGAGGGGCCUCCUCGCUGCCGAUUCUUCCGCUGCUCGUGUUGAGGAGGACCGACUCCCCCUCCUCCUCCUCCUCCUCCCCGCGUGUGACCCACGGCGGGGAUGGCGGUGCUGGAUCUGGCCCUGGAGGGACUCGCCAUCUUCGGGCUCAUCCUCUUCCUGGUGCUGUGGCUCAUGCACUUCAUGUCCAUCAUCUACACGCACUUACACCUAAACAAGAAAGCGACAGACAAACAGCCAUAUAGCAAGCUUCCUGGUGUUUCACUUCUGAAGCCUUUAAAGGGUGUUGAUCCAAACCUUAUCAACAACUUGGAAACCUUCUUUGAAUUGGAUUAUCCCAAAUUUGAAGUGCUUCUUUGUGUACAAGAUCAUGAUGAUCCUGCCAUUGAUGUGUGUAAAAAGCUCCUUGGCAAAUAUCCCAAUGUUGAUGCGAGGCUAUUUAUAGGUGGGAAGAAGGUUGGAAUAAACCCAAAGAUCAACAAUUUAAUGCCAGCGUAUGAAGUUGCCAAGUAUGAUCUCAUAUGGAUCUGUGAUAGUGGUAUAAGAGUAACGCCAGAUACACUAACUGAUAUGGCCAAUCAAAUGACUGAAAAAGUUGGACUGGUCCAUGGCCUGCCCUAUGUUGCAGAUAGACAGGGCUUUGCUGCCACUCUAGAACAGGUAUAUUUUGGCACUUCCCAUCCAAGGACAUAUAUUUCUGCCCAUAUAACUGGUUUCAAAUGUGUAACAGGAAUGUCUUGCUUGAUGAGAAAAGAUGUCUUGGACCAGGCUGGAGGACUCAUAGCUUUUGCACAGUACAUUGCUGAGGAUUACUUUAUGGCCAAAGCGAUAGCUGACAGGGGCUGGAAAUUUGGAAUGGCCACACAAGUUGCAAUGCAGAACUCUGGUUCCUAUUCAAUUUCCCAGUUUCAAUCCAGAAUGAUCAGAUGGGCCAAGCUACGGAUCAACAUGGUUCCAGCCACAAUAAUCUGUGAGCCGAUAUCGGAGUGCUUUGUUGCAAGCUUGAUAAUUGGAUGGGCAGUUCACCAUGUGUUCAGAUGGGAUAUAAUGGUGUUUUUUAUGUGUCACUGUUUGGCAUGGUUUAUAUUUGACUACAUUCAACUCAGGGGUGUCCAGGGCGGUGCUCUGUGUUUUUCAAAACUUGACUAUGCAGUGGCAUGGUUCAUCAGAGAGUCUAUGACGAUAUACAUUUUCCUAUCGGCCUUGUGGGAUCCUACUAUUAGCUGGAGGACAGGACGCUACAGAUUACGCUGUGGGGGCACAGCAGAGGAAAUUCUGGAUGUAUAGCCACAGCUUUGUGACUGUGUAUUUCGAGAAAAGAAAAAGGAGAAAAAAAGAAAGUAUUAUAAAUUAUGUUUAUAUAAAAUGCUUUUAAAAAAUCUACCUUCAAUAGUUUUAUUACCUGUAUGUUUUCAUAUCUGUUCUUUAAUUUAUUUUGCAUGGCACUUGCAUCUGUGAAAAAGUACAUCUGUAGUCUUGGCCAAAUGGUAUCUUGUUUUUAUGUACAAAAUCAAAUCAAGAGAAUUGGUUUCAGGAUUCAUUUUUCUUGGGAAUGUUCUGCAGCAAGUUCUAAAGACAGUAUCCUUCAGUAUAGUAAAAGCUACUCUUUGUUAAUCAAAGGACAUAAUCCACUGGGAAUAAGUUCUACACUAGUCCCCUGGAAAUGAAAGGGAGUUGUGCAAGAGUGCAGCUAUGACUCUGUCCCCAAGGGCCUUCUGGCCACUGGAUUUUAUCCACUGAAAGGCUAGCAGCAUUUUUAUUUAAGUGCAGUUAGCUUUGGGAAGCACAAGUGGCGGGGCACAAGGAGAGAAGCCUUUUAGAUGAUCUAUGCCUACCUCUUGUAGUUGCUGCGGAGCAAGUAUAAAUAGGUAACUAGGCCUUACAAGUUGAAGCUGGAAAUUUGUAUCUAUGUGUGUGUAUGUAUAUAGAUAUAUAUAUUAAACAACUUUGGUCUCGCCGCAAUGAGCCAAAAGUGGACAGAGUUUGAUGUUGUGGGUGGGAUGAAUUAAUGGUUAGCUAUGCCUAGAGGGCAUUUUUUGGCCAACUCUAAUCGGUUCUGUCUUGAACCAUUUUAAAUCACUGUGCUGUAAUUAGCCAAGCUAAUCUCCUUCAUUCCCAUUUUGACUUUUUUAAAAGGGUGGGGGUUUUUGUGUUUUGUGUGUGUGUGAGUGAACGUUUGAUAGUUAUGGGGAGAGGGGGAAUGCAUUUCAGAAACAUUUCACAUACGAGCUAUUUUCUUACACACUGUGUCUUCUUAAGAAUGUAAUUUCAUGAUGCAGGUAUUUAGUAUCUUUUUUUAAGUGGGCAUAGGUCUCUCUCUUACACUAGUCAUCCUUAAAUCUCUGAUUGCAAUAGAUACUUGUCAGUAUAUUAAAAUGCAAGAUGAGUUUGCUGUUACUGAUAUGGAAUGGUAAGCUUUAACUAUCAAACUAGGUCCGCUCUAGGCUUUUUUCUUCCUUUAGUUAAUCUGGUCUCUCAAUUGGGUUUUUUAUAUUCAAGUUGUAACAACUGAAAAGACUAGGUUAUAAACAAGUUGUAAAUGCAUGCCGUCUCUUACCCUGUUUCCUCCUGUUGGCUUGUUUUUCACUGGGGGGUAGCUGUUAAUGUGGUGAACUGGACUUGUUUGAAACAGACUCUGGUUGCAAAGCAAAAUGGAGAGGGGCACAACAUAAGCCUUUGUUUUCUUUUUAUAACCGUAUUUAUGUUGCUUUUUCCUCCAAAUGGGCAUGGCAUGCUGUCACCAUAAAAGUAUGCGUAUUCCAGUAUGGCAGCUUUAAAUCCUAAGUUUUGGUACUUCUGUGACAAAGAGCUUACUCUGUAGCAUAUUAGCAAUAACUCUGAGCAUUUAUAGAAGUACAUUUUUUCCAGUUUACUGAGCCAGUCCAUUUAAUUGUCCUGUACACACACCGUGUAAUAUAAUAAUGUGCGUGUGUGAACACGCAUGUUUGUGUGUAGACAGAUCCUAUGAAACAUUCCCUAGACCAAAACCUUUCAUCCUGCAUUCUCUUUAUUUGCCUUAUGACAUUACAGAAUAUGUUUUGAAGGGCAUCUUAUUUCGAUGAACAGAGGCUUUUUAAUGUGUGUUCCAUUAUUUACAUGUGAAUUGGGAAGAAAUUCCCGAGGAAGGCUGCACACAGCAAACUAGUCUGGUUAUGACCCACUCAAGUUGCGUUUUUGUCAUCUUCAUUGUUUUAUCACUGUUGUCUUGAUUAAUUUUGCUUAUAAUGUUUGUGUGGGGUUAUUUUGUGUGAAGUUUGGUUGAUGCCAUCCAUUAUACUGCUAAAGUGAAGCUUAGCUGGUCUAGCUUGAUGCUAAUCACCAUGUCAGCAGUGUAACAGAAAAACCAAAAAGGCCUGACAGACUUCAGUGUGUGUGUGUGUGCGUGUGUGUUGUCACUAUGAAGAAUUGUGUCAAAUAGGUGUGCGUGUGUGUAUAUGUGUGUUUGCAUUAGUGAAACCUUUAUAAUUAAAGGAAACUGAUGCUUCACUCAGAUGAACAACUUGAUUUCUUAUAUAAGAAAUCCGGGUUGAUUAUGAAAUGGAAAUACUUUGAAAAUAUUGUAGUAUGGCACUGUGACAGAACAGAGCAAUGGUUCACAAUGGCUAAUUUAAACUGUCUGUCAACAUGUUAAGAAUACCAUGUUUAUUUAAAAUCAUUGUCUUGUUUUUUGUUUAAAAAUAAAUUUUGAAUACAAUCAAA